ACAUUUGCCUCUGGCAGGAAAGUGAUCCUGUCAGAUUCUGACUCCGGGAGCAGGGGGUUUCGGUAGCCUUUUAACUUUCUAUCUCAGGAACCAGAAAGCAAAAGUUGGUGAAAGGCCGGGCAAGGCGCGCACACCCAGCAGAUUGCCCAGAGGGGAGGCCGGAACCUGGGAAGGUGCUGCCCGGUCUCCGGCUCCUCACCUCCGGGGACGUCCAGGGUCUUCCUCGCCCCGCACCCUCUCCCCGCCUCGCCCCGAGGGCGUCACGUGGCGGCGCGGGCCCCGCCUCCGGUGACGUCACCGCGCUCGCGGCCGUUGCGCCGAAGAAAGGAUGCUCUAGGAUGCAGUGCAGGUGGGCGGCCGGGAUGCGCCAUGCGGCAGUGCAGGGCUAAUUAGCAUGGUCAGUGCGGGAGCCAUGAGCGGUUCUGGAAACCUGAUGGAUUUCCUCGACGAGCCAUUCCCUGAUGUGGGGACAUACGAGGACUUCCACACCAUUGACUGGCUGAGGGAAAAGUCACGGGACACCGACCGACACAGAAAGAUAACCAGCAAAAGCAAGGAGUCCAUCUGGGAAUUCAUCAAGAGUUUGCUCGACGCCUGGUCGGGAUGGGUGGUGAUGCUGCUCAUCGGCCUGCUGGCGGGCACCCUGGCUGGGGUCAUCGAUCUCGCCGUCGACUGGAUGACCGACCUGAAGGAGGGGGUCUGCCUGUCUGCCUUCUGGUACAGCCACGAGCAGUGCUGCUGGACAUCCAAUGAGACCACUUUUGAGGACAGGGACAAGUGUCCCCUGUGGCAGAAAUGGUCGGAGCUGCUGGUGAAUCAGUCGGAGGGCGCCAGUGCUUAUAUUCUGAAUUACCUAAUGUACAUCCUGUGGGCAUUGCUGUUUGCGUUUUUGGCCGUCUCCCUGGUGCGCGUGUUUGCACCGUAUGCCUGUGGCUCGGGCAUCCCAGAGAUCAAGACCAUUUUGAGCGGCUUCAUCAUCCGGGGCUACUUGGGGAAGUGGACCCUGCUGAUCAAGACCGUCACCCUCGUGCUGGUCGUGUCCUCGGGCCUGAGCCUCGGGAAGGAAGGGCCGCUGGUGCACGUGGCCUGUUGCUGUGGCAACUUCUUCAGCAGCCUUUUCUCCAAGUACAGCAAGAACGAGGGCAAGAGGCGCGAGGUGCUUUCGGCCGCCGCCGCCGCAGGAGUCUCCGUGGCCUUUGGGGCUCCGAUAGGAGGUGUGCUUUUCAGCCUGGAGGAGGUCAGUUACUACUUUCCCUUGAAGACCUUGUGGAGAUCCUUUUUCGCGGCCCUGGUGGCAGCCUUCACGCUGCGAUCCAUCAACCCCUUCGGGAACAGCCGUCUCGUUCUCUUCUACGUGGAGUACCACACGCCCUGGUACAUGGCUGAGCUCUUCCCCUUCAUCCUGCUAGGGGUGUUCGGGGGCCUGUGGGGGACGCUCUUCAUCCGCAGCAACAUCGCCUGGUGCCGGAGGCGCAAAACCACCAAGCUGGGGAAGUACCCAGUGCUGGAGGUCAUCGUGGUGACCGCCGUCACUGCCAUCAUUGCCUACCCCAAUCCCUACACGCGCCGGAGCACGAGCGAGCUCAUUUCUGAGCUGUUCAAUGACUGCGGGGCCCUCGAGUCCUCCCAGCUAUGUGACUACAUCAACGACCCCAACAUGACACGGCCUGUGGAUGACAUCCCGGACCGGCCAGCCGGGGUGGGGGUUUACACGGCCAUGUGGCAGCUGGCCCUGGCGCUGAUCUUCAAAAUUGUCAUUACCAUCUUUACCUUUGGCAUGAAGAUCCCGUCGGGUCUCUUCAUCCCCAGCAUGGCCGUGGGUGCCAUGGCGGGCAGGAUGGUGGGGAUCGGUGUGGAGCAGCUGGCUUACCAUCACCACGACUGGAUCGUCUUCAGGAACUGGUGCAGGCCCGGAGCGGACUGCGUCACCCCUGGACUCUACGCCAUGGUGGGAGCCGCCGCCUGCCUAGGUGGCGUCACCAGGAUGACGGUGUCAUUGGUGGUCAUCAUGUUUGAAUUAACGGGUGGCCUAGAGUACAUUGUGCCCUUGAUGGCGGCGGCCGUGACCAGCAAGUGGGUGGCCGAUGCCUUUGGGAAAGAAGGCAUCUACGAGGCUCAUAUCCACUUAAAUGGGUACCCAUUUCUGGAUGUGAAGGACGAGUUCACACAUCGCACGCUGGCCACUGACGUCAUGCGGCCACGUCGCGGGGAGCCGCCUCUGUCCGUGCUCACCCAGGACAGCAUGACUGUGGAGGACGUGGAGACGCUCAUCAAGGAGACCGACUACAACGGCUUUCCUGUGGUAGUCUCCAGGGACUCCGAGCGCCUCAUCGGCUUUGCCCAGAGGAGGGAACUGAUUCUUGCAAUAAAGAACGCCAGACAGAGGCAGGAGGGCAUCGUGAGCAACUCCAUCAUGUACUUCACGGAAGAGCCCCCUGAGCUGCCGGCCAACAGCCCGCACCCCCUGAAGCUGCGGCGCGUCCUCAACCUCAGCCCGUUCACGGUCACAGACCAUACCCCCAUGGAGACGGUGGUGGACAUCUUCCGGAAACUGGGGCUCCGGCAGUGCCUGGUGACGCGGAGCGGGAGACUUCUUGGCAUCAUCACGAAAAAGGAUGUUUUAAGACAUAUGGCCCAGAUGGCAAACCAGGACCCUGAAUCCAUCAUGUUUAAUUAGAAACAAGGUGGCAUUUGUUUUGAGUGAAACACAACUGUGUCAUUUUAAAAGAAAUAAACAAAUGAUAUGUUAUUAUCCUAAUGAACGAUUAUAUGCUGGGGGCAGUGGAAACAAAAGCUUUGUUUGAAGGGAAGGAGGAUAAAACCUUUUCUUAAAAAAAAAAAGACAUCGACGAGCAGGCAUUUCAUAGCUCUAACCCCUUAUGAGUUUCUAGGUGUGUUUCUUAAUGAGUUUGUUAGCCACUAUGGGAGCACGUGGGUGAGUGUAAACGAUGUGGUUUGUACAAGGACACGGAACACAAAUGCCAAGUCAAGAAACAUUUGCCCCUUCUGUUUAAGGCUGAUGUUUGCGAAGCUUUGAGUCUGAAAGACAAAGGGGUGUUGGCCUGUCAGCGUCCUUAUUUAUUGGUUCCUGAAGUUUUGCUGCUAUUUUACUGAAUUGGAUUAAAGAUAUUUGCACUUACUUUGUCAGAAGAGAAAAAGCGAUUCAAUUUGAACCGAGUGAAAACUGCAAGGAGCCAGUGGGCUCGCCCGUGACGGUCCCAUUGUCCCGCUCCCGCCGUCAGCCGAGCACUUUGCUUCUCCAUCCUCUUCUGAACCAACAGCCGUGGGGCUCCUGCUAUGGUGACUAUGAAGAAAUCAUUUCUCGGUGCAAGACCGGCAUCUUGGGACCGACCGCACAGUAGCCUGCUCGCCCAUUUAGCGCUGCACAUCUUGCCUCCCACGCAAAGGGACCCGCCCCGAUUUUUAGGGUAUAUGCACCUGCUCGUUGUUUCGCAUCCCUGUUGCAUGUGCCUCACUUGUUUAUCACUAUUGCCUGUGCAUUCUUAAAGAUUGAUCAGUCCAGUACUUUCCAUGAGCCAUAGCCUUUAUGCUGCCAGCUUGCCGUAAGUGUGCUUUAAUUUCCAGAUAGCGUGCGUGAGAGUCCAAGCAGGCUACCCAGUGUUACUACUCAUGUUUCCUCUCAGAUCUUAUUAAAUACGGCUGCAGAGAGGGUGAGGCAUACGAAGUCUCAGUGGGAACUCCUCCAAAUGGAUUGCUAGAGAAAUACUAAAUUGAUUCUAAAUCUGUUCCAUUAUCUUCUCUGUAGGAUGCAAAAUGUCCGGCUUUCAUGCCUGAGCCUGCACUCUCCCACUCGCCAUCAAAGCGCAGAAGGGCAGAGUUAAAUUGGAGGCAGCCCGUUUGAGCCCUGGGCAUCUUUGUAUUGAACUUAACGGCACGUUUAUCCCUUUAGCCAGGACCUUGUCCUUUUUCUGUGAGAAGGAACCAAACUGCGGUUCCGGUCCGCUGUGGCCUCGGUGGGAGCCCCCAUGUGCCCUUUCACAUGUGUCUCUGCACCUCCCUUCCCACCUUUGCAAUCCCGGCCUUGGAUCCUGGUGUGCCAGGUGUGUGUUUGGCCGAAAGUAAGAAAAAAAUCCCACGAACGGUGACGAGCUGAAUGAGAAACCCGGGGCCGGGCACUUCGCGUGUCUCUAUAUCAUCAUCCGGAAACCGUACUCUUUGCUGCUGUUCUUCUGCCAUCCUUGGUCCUUUGGCUUUUUGCUUCAGAGUCACAAGCUGGUUACUGAGCUGCCAGCCAGGCCGUCUGCUUCCUGGGCAGGAAGAGGGAGGAGGAGGCACGUAGUGAGGGGCGAUGCCUGUGUUUGGGAAGCAGAACUUGCCUGCAGGUGGCCAGCUCACGUCCAUUGGCUGGCGUUCGGUCACAUGACUCCCCUGGGCUGCACGCAAGUUCUGGCGAGGCAUGUUACUCUGUGAACGAACUUUGGAGGCUCCUCGUAAGGAAGCGGGAUUGGUCGUUGGGGGGGAAGACCGUCCCCUGGAUUGUAGGCCAUCAUCGCGUCCCUGUUGUUGUCCUUCCUGUCCUCCUUACUCUCUCUCUCGCUGGCCCCUCCGGAUACUCUCCUCACCAUACGGUUUCCCACCCCUUCUCUCAGAUCCGAUGUAGAACUCCCAAUCAGACGCCGUUGUUUCUCAGCCCUCGUAAAAACGCUCAUUGGGCAUAAAAACCUUGCUACAAGCAGGGUUCUGUGAAACUUCUGGUCAAUAGGAGAAAACGUACUGCUGUGUCCUCUGGGUUAAAAAACAGUUAAGUCAGAAUGAUGUUGCACAGCCGCUUCAUGUGGGAACACCGGCCAGUAAUAGAGAAUCUGAUCUUUGUGCCUCGUUCACAGCAUAUAAGUGUCGAGUCACCGGUCCUAAUAUUAGUGUUGUUGCUGGGGUCUCCAUGGAGCGCGUGCAAGUGACGCUGGGUUCUCCUGGGUUGAAAUCCUACAAGGUCUUCAAGAUGGCUUCAUGUAGUUCCUGCCAACUCCUGCGUGGCCUCCUGAAAGAGUAUUAGUCAUAGCCUGGAUUUGUAUAAUCCAGAAGGCCCUUUCAGCUAAAACACGGAGUCUCAAAAGGGAACACGAAACCGUGAACAGAUGGCCAAAGGGCAGUGAAACCACAGAAUUUCUUCCUCCUCCAGAUGAGGCCAUAGAGAAAUGAAAGGGUAGCUUACUCCAGGCCAAGGUCACCGAGGGGGGUUGUGUUGUGUCCUCCUCCCCAGGGCUUAAGGUAGAAGAGGUCCGAAAAUUCAUGGCAAACAGUUGAGAGCAUUACUUGACUCAAAUAGCCUUGUUUUCCUUCGUAAGUUGAACCUGGAAUUUGUCAUGGAGUUCAGGCUCUGGACAACAGAAGGUCAUGGUCAGACAGGCAGGUUAAGGUCAAAGGUUGAGAGUUUGCAGCGGUGCUACCAGGGCUGAUUGCCUUCCUCCCGUGGAACCCUGAGUACCCUGUGUGGUCCACUUGCCCCCUGGCCUGGGCUCUCACACAAACUUGAUGGGGAACGGGCUUCCUUGCUCGCUCGCUCGUAAAAGUACGUGGGAUUCUGAAGGGAUUUGCUGUAGCCAGUGUAGAACCUCGUUUACUUUAUCUGGCCAUCCGAUGAGCUGGAAGAGUAGAGCUGGAUGUGGAAGUAAAAUAAACAUUUCUCAGAACAGUGUGUGUUUCUUUUUCCAGAACCAAAACCUUUAGACUCCGGUAGAACUUUCUGGAUCCUUUCUGAAUCAGUGGUUUAUGUAAAUAAACAUAAAUGGGGGACGAAAGAGGAGUUCUUUAAUGGGGCACAUCAACCUAUUUCUUGCUCUCCCUCUCGACUAAUAAGAAAACGUGUUGUAGAAGGACACAUACCAUAAAGAGCCCCCCCAGAGGGAUACUUGAAUUUCUUGUGUACUUUGGGCCCCACCACCCCGAAAAUGCAGAUGCGUGGGUGGCAUUCAUGGAAAGGUAAAUGUGUUAGAAGCAAAUCAAUACUCCAUGUUCACUGAUCCUUGGAACCAGGCAAUCUCAAAUUUCUCUAUUUAGGACUUCCCAAAGACCUUACAAAGGAGAAGCCACUCAGUAGAUCUAGUUUUGGCCCCGGCAAGCCACAGAGACGGAGAAAUUCAUUUCACUUAGGUGAGAACUGGUUACUUUGAAAUAUCAACAAGUGCAGAUCUGCUCAGGACUCCUUAUCACAUGCCAAGCUGGAAAAGAUGAGACUCGCAAGGAGGAGCAGAAUCGAGUUACCUAACUGUAAUAGUAUGCCUUCAUUUUCAUUUCGCGUGGGCGGCAUUUUAUCGCACUCAGCUUCUAGCCUUUGAAAUGAUUUACGUGACAGGGGAGCAUGUAUAUCUAACUUGGGGACAUUAACCAGACUCCAUUUUCACUGGCGCAGUAAUAACUAUUUAUUUGCCAUCCUAGGUGUGCUGGGAAUGAGCCUACGUGUGACUUUUAUGAGAUCUAUUUGCAUUUGGUGUUGGAACGACCACAGAGCAAUGUGGUUGGUUUCUUUUUUAAUUGUAACCCUCUGUGUAAACGCUGGCACCUUAUUAAACAUUAAAUGUUUGAACUUUCCUUUUAAAAAUAAAACAAGCACAGUCCUCAA